CCCACCCAUUUUUACCCUCCAAGCCACCGAAGGUAUGAGUACGCAUAGAUUUAGAGCCGCCGCCCAUGAAAGGGACCUCCUCCUUCAAUGACGACGGAUGCUGCGGUGGCAGGACUGCACUCUCCAGACCUCAAUGCAAUAGCGGGUCGGUUUGAAUCUAUCUUCAACGCCAGAGGAUCUCCCCUUUCCCCACGUCGCUCCUCGCACCAAUCCCUGUGUUAAUAGGCCCCCGCCGCCUCGCCUCCGCCGCCGCUCAAUCCAUCUUUAUUCGUCGCCGACAUAUUACACAUCGCACGCCAAGAACACCUAAUAUCCUGAAGUAGAAGUAGAAGAAGUGGCGAUGCUGCUCUCCAGAGAAUUGUCCCGAGUUUCUAGAGGCGGGGUCAGUAGAUUCAGAAGGCUGUUAUGUUUUCCUGCCGAGGAGCUCCAUCAUCGGCAUCACUUGGUUUCCCGCACGAGCCUCUUGUCCCCCAUAGAUGUAUCCCAAAAGGUUUCAGGUAGGAGAGAGAUUUAUGAGUGGGUUUCAGGUGCUAUGAGAAGUAUGGGGCAGCAGGUUUAUCAACAAAACAGUGUUUUAGCUGAGGAACAAUUGGAUCCAUUUUCACUAGUGGCCGAUGAAUUAUCACUUGUGGCCGACAAGUUGAGAUCGAUGGUUGUUGCAGAGGUUCCUAAACUUGCUUCAGCAGCUGAGUAUUUCUUUAAAAAAGGGGUGGAAGGAAAGAGGCUUCGACCUACGGUUGUGCUUUUGAUGGCAACAGCAUUAAAUGCACCAGUGACAAAUUCACCAACUGAGGUAACUUUUGAUUCUUCCCCCAUGGAAGUCCGCAGAAGACAACAUUGCAUAGCGGAGAUCAUUGAGAUGAUCCAUGUUGCUAGUCUACUUCAUGAUGAUGUACUGGAUGAUGCUGAAACAAGACGGGGAAUAGGUUCGCUGAACUUUGUAAUGGGAAAUAAGUUAUCUGUGUUGGCUGGAGACUUUCUGCUUUCCAGAGCUUGUGUGGCACUUGCCUCGUUGAAGAACACAGAGGUUGUGUCAUUGCUAGCAAAAGUUGUUGAACACCUUGUCACUGGGGAAACAAUGCAAAUGACAACUAGUGCUGACCAACGUUGUAGCAUGGAGUAUUAUAUGCAGAAGACAUAUUAUAAGACUGCAUCACUGAUUUCAAAUAGCUGUAAAUCUAUUGCUCUUCUUGCUGGCCAAACUGCAAAAGUUUCUAUGCUAGCAUUUGAGUACGGAAAAAAUCUGGGACUGGCAUUUCAAUUAAUCGAUGAUGUUCUAGAUUUUACUGGCACAUCAGCUACUCUUGGGAAGGGACCGUUGUCAGACAUUCGACAUGGAAUCAUAACUGCUCCAAUAUUGUUUGCAAUGGAGGAAUACCCCCAGCUGCGCUCCCUUGUUGAUAAGGGGUUUGAUGAUCCUGAGAACGUGGAACUUGCACUGCAAUACCUUGGGAAGAGUCGUGGUAUACAAAGAACAAGAGAGCUUGCAAAAGAGCACGCUGUCCGUGCCUCAGAUGCUAUUGAUUCUCUUCCGGAGAGUGAUAAUGAAGAUGUUCAAAGAUCAAGACGCGCACUAAUACAACUCACACAGAGAGUCAUCACACGAACUAAAUAGACGCAAAAGGACCAGGUCAUGCAUUUUUUUCACUCUUUUAGGGAAUUCGUUUUAUUCUCCCCCUGUAGUGCCGGGCUGGGUUCCAAUAAUUGACAUUUGACGGUUGUUUUUUUGGGAAGAUUUUCUAAUGGGAAAAUCAUGUAAAUUAGUCCAAAACUUCUAGGAACAUGAUUUUGUUGAAGUUGGUGAGUUUUAAUAAGUAGAACUUGAAUAUGCACUUGAUAAACAGAAAAAAGGUAAUUUUGUGCUCAUUUGUAAAGAAUGUUUAUCCACUUGUGAAAUUUUACUUGGUCGAUCUAAAGAAUAUUUAUAAUUUGCUACCAAGGUAUUUAUUCUAGCUGUAGUACACAGUUUUCAUGUUCAUGUGUUAGUCUACAAGCAAUCUUACUUCUGUUUUUAGGUCGUUCUUAGGGGCAAUGAAACUUGGUUAACUGU